CGGCGCGCCAUUUCGAGGAUUCGAUGCAAUUCACGCCGCAACAACUCGUGGGCGCCGGUCGGUACAGUGCCACGACCCGCAUUGGGAAUUGGAAUGAAGAUCUCAUGCUCGAGGAAGCCCGCAUGAAGGAUUAUCGCGCGCAAAAACAGAAGGGAGGCCUUGGCACGGUGUAUCGUCGCAAGAUGGAACAGGCGAACGGGCGAGUGCCCGUGUCAUACUGGGACGACGGGUUCUUGCGAUACAACUCGUACGUGGUCGUGGAGCACGUGCAGACGUCUGGGAGUUUGGCCAGCGACGUUUGGGAGGAAACGUUCACAGGGUCUGGCGAGUACGUCGUGAGUGUGGGCCAACGUCCUCCACACGCGACAGCCCGGGCGACGUUUCUUCUCGUGGGUCCGUCCGAGCGCUCGUCGGGUAUCGUCAAAUACGGCGACUCAUUCCGGUUGAUGGCGAACGAAGCGUUGCGCGUGGAUUUGACGACGAACUCGCUUCUCCCGCCGCUGUACCUUCGCUCGACGCUCAAGAGCGAGCGCGCCAUGAGUCCCAUCAGUUCCCACCAAAAUGUGACGCUGAGCCCCGUCACAGACAACUCGACUUUGUGGGUGGCUACGAAGGGGGAUGCCAGCGGCGCCGAGAAGUUCCUCGCUACGUCCACGCCCAUCUCGACGCACGACAACGUCGGCCUCAUCCACAAGAUGACGGGCAUCCUUCUCCACGCCGACGCCAAGUACGUGAUCGCGACCGAUUUCGGCAACGAAACCGAAGUGUGCUGCGCCACGAUGAAGAACCAUAGCAAGUCGUUCAACUUGCACCACGAGCGGCAAGGCGAUCGGUCAGCCGACAUGCAUGCCAAGGAAACACAGUCGCCCAACCUGUGGCGGCUCGCGCUGGGGUCAUCGCCGGGCGCCGCGGAAGAGAGCCGCGCGCUGCCAGCGCCAGCCACACCCGCCAUUGUGUUGGACCUGAUCGUCGAUGCUUUGACCCGCACGAGUGUGUUCCACGUUCGUGCGCUGGUCCACUCGUUGCAAGCUAUCGACGCCAAGACCACAGGGCUCAUGGAGCGUGAGGAUUUGAAAUGGGCCAUCAAGGCGCUGGAAAGCAGUAGCGGCAAGGCCGCGCUCCGCGACGAUCAGUACGACGUGUUGCUGUCUGCGCUGGACGAAGGAAAGAAAGGGUUUAUUCGGUUGACGGCGUUCAUCGACGCCAUUCGUGGUGGCAGCCUGUCGCCGUCUCGAAUGGCCCUUGUACGUGACACGUACGAUGGACUCACGGGCGCAUAUGGAGAUGUGACACUGAACGUGUUGCGCCAAGCGUACGACAAGGGCUGUGAGAAGCCGUUUCAGACCAUCAAGUCCAAGCCUGUCAACUUUUUAACCCUCUGGACCACGCAGGACCCGGCGCGACUGGUUUCGCUCCACGAGUUUGUGGAUGUGUACAAGGACGUGUCCCGAGCCAUUGCAGACGACAGCAUGUUUGACCAGUUGCUCAAGAACGCGUGGGGUGUGUGAGCAACGCCAUGACCAACUAAGUGGACAAUAUACCUAUCUGCAUGAUUCACAUAACUAUUGGAUUUGUG